AUGGCGACUCCCAAUCCCCUCCUCCUCUUUCUCAUUUCCCUCUCCUCCCUUUUCCUCCUCGCAUUCUCAUCCAAGCUCACACUCCCUCUCUCCCCACUCGCGAAACACCCCUCAUCCUCAGAUCCAAUCCAGACCCUCAACCUCCUCUCCUCCGCCUCACUCUCCCGCGCCCACCACCUCAAACGCCCCAAACACAACUCCUCCGCCACCAAAGUCCCCCUCUACCCCCGCAGCUACGGCGGCUACUCCAUCUCCCUCAGCUUCGGCACUCCACCCCAGAUCUCCACCUUCGUCAUGGACACCGGCAGCAGCCUCGUCUGGUUCCCCUGCACCUCUCGCUACCUCUGCUCCCGCUGCUCCUUCCCCAACAUCGACCCCUCCACCAUCCCCGCCUUCAUCCCCAAGCUCUCCUCCUCCGCCCGACUCCUCGGCUGCAAAAACCCCAAAUGCGCCUGGAUUUUCGGCCCGGAAGUCAAUACCAAAUGCCCAAACUCCUCCCAGGCCUGCCCCUCGUACGUCAUCCAGUACGGCUCCGGCACCACCGCCGGCGUUUUGCUCUCCGAGUCCCUCGACUUCCCUGACAAAACCGUCCCUGAUUUCCUCGUCGGCUGCUCUUUCCUCUCCAUCCGUCAACCAGCCGGAAUGGCCGGCUUCGGACGCGGGCCCCAGUCUCUCCCCGUCCAAAUGGGCCUCUCCAAAUUCUCCUACUGCCUGGUCUCCCACAGAUUCGACGACACCCCCGUAAGCAGCGACCUUGUUCUCUACAGCGGCUCCACCUCCGACGGUGACGAAAUUGAUGACAAUCAUGACAUCAGCUACACUCCUUUCCAGAAAAACCCGGGCGCCGCCAACACCGCCUACCGCGAGUACUACUACCUCGCCCUCCGCAAAGUCAUCGUCGGCAAAAAACACGUCAAGAUUCCGUACAAGUACUUAGUCCCGGGCGAGGACGACAAUGGCGGCACAAUUGUGGAUUCCGGGUCGACGUUCACGUUCAUGGAGAGGCCGGUGUUCGAGGCGGUGGCGGAGGCGUUUGCGACGCAGAUGGAGAAGUACACGCGGGCCGGGGACAUAGAGAACCGGACCGGGUUGAAGCCGUGCUUUGAUAUUUCCAAGGAGGAGAAGGUGGACUUCCCGGAGCUGGUGUUCCAGUUCAAGGGCGGUGCCAAGAUGGCAAUGCCGUUGAACAAUUACUUCGCUUUGGUCACGAGCGACGGCGUUGUGUGCUUGACCAUCGUCACGGACGGGGUGGCGGGGCCCGGAGUGGCGGCUGGGCCCGCGGUGAUAUUGGGGAAUUUCCAGCAGCAGAAUUUUUACGUUGAGUACGAUUUGGAGCGGGAGAGGUUCGGGUUUAAGAAGCAGAGCUGUAAAAAGUGAAAGAGAGCUAGAGCCCGGGGUUAUAUUUUUUUUUACUGGUUGACUAGAUCAUAGUUAAGAUAAUAACUUUUAAAUUUGUGAUGAUUUAUCACAAAACAAGAGGAAUUUUUCGCUUUUUGUUCUUGGAUAAGUUAAUAACAUAGGGUUGAAGGUAUCUGGACGCAUGAAAAGCUGAAAAUAAGAUUUGCACCAUAUGUAUUCUAUGAUGGUGGAAGCGAGGAUUUAUGAGUGUUAUGGUGACCACUUAACAAAAAAUUUAACCGUUGUAAAGCCUCACAUCGUAAGUCAAAUAUUGAACU